AUGGAUGCUGCCUUAACUUCUCCACUUGGUAUCUUUACAUGGACCUUUGUAGGAACUGCAUUCAUUGCUAUCCUUUUUGGAAAUGGAUUGAUCAUCGCUGUUAAUGGGAAACAGUGGCUCCAAAACAGGAAGAUGGUCCCUUCUGAUUUUCUCUUGACUAAUUUGAGUAUCUUCAGACUUUUGUCGUACUUAACCUUCAUCCUGGGCCAUGUUUUGGAAGUCACACCAGGAGAUUCCUAUAUUUAUAUUUUUACAAAGGAAGUAAUCAACUUUACCUCGAUUUUUUCUGUCCACAUCAGCCUCUGGUGUGCCUCGUGGCUCAGUGUUUUGUACUGUGUGAAGGUAACCAACUUUGCCAACCAUUUUUUCCUCUGGUUGAAGCCAAGGAUCAAUGUGCUCUCAAUUAGACUGCUUGGGAUAUCAAUAAGUAGUCUCAUGAUCUUCUCCAUUCCUUUCUUCAACAGUUACACUGGACAUAAAAAGGUAUGCAAUAUGACAAGAAAUCUGUCAGUGAAUGUUAGCCAAAAUCAGAUUUGCAAAAACUUGUUUGUUACAUUUCGACUUUUUCAAAUCAUUUUUGCUUCCAUAAAUUUCACGAUAAGCGUAACUGCAUCCAUUGUUUUGAUUCUUUCUCUGUGGAAACACAUAAGGAAUCUGAAAAAGAGUGGUGUUGGUAUUAAGGACCUAACCACUCAGAUGCAUAUCAGGGUCAUUAAAACUUUGUUGCUUUAUAUCUUCUUCUACUCUUUAUAUUUUGCUGGUAUGAUACUUUUUUCCAGUAAUACUUUCCUCAAUGAAACCCGUAUAGAACUUCUGAGCGACAUCCUUAUGACUAUCUUUCCUUCAGCACAUACCAUAAUAAUAGUUUUGACCAAUCCAAAACUAAAAACUGUGGUGGCCCACAUUCUAGAUAUAAGAAAAAUGGCGUCCUAA